CAACUCUAAUGUGAUGCAUCACAGGGCAGUGAGAGAACCUUAUUGUCCAUAUCUGAGUCGCGUCCCUCGGCGUCAGCUGUACCUGUUUGGCUAGCACGUGACCACGUGUCUUGCAUGUUUCGACGCGCUCCCUGCCCAAGUCCGCCAUGAUCCAAACGGGUAUAAUACCUAGCGCGCACUCCGACCUCGUUACGGACGCUUCCUAUGACUUCUACGGUCUCCGACUCGCCACGUGCAGUCUCGAUCAACGCAUCAAAAUCUGGCAACUCAACGAAUCAAAUGGGAGCUGGAGUCUCGAGGACGACUGGAAGGCGCACGACGCUGCGGUCUCCAAAAUCAGCUGGGCCCAUCCCGAAUUCGGCACUAUCAUCGCGUCCGCGUCGUUCGAUCGCACUGUAAAAGUCUGGGAACAAGCUUCUGGUUUUGCCGCACCCGAAGUGGCUGUCAACGGGUCAGGCGGCUUCGGCUACGCGUCGUCGUCGUCAUCGUCGCUGGCGCAGACGCCGGGCCCGUCGACGUCGCGCUGGGUCGAACGCGCUGUCCUAUCAGAGGCACGGGGGACAGUUCGAGCCGUGGAGUUUUCCCCCCAUCACUUCGGACUGAAGCUGGCAACGAUCUCGACCGACAACCAGCUGCGCAUCUACGAAUGCCUCGAGCAGCACUCUCUAGCCAACUGGCCAGUCGCUGAAGAAGUCGAUGUCGCUGGCCUUCCAACCAGCCCGGCGAUCACACCGUACGCGCGCACGGGUGCACCGGGGACGCCUACGCAGACGGCUGCUGCGGUCGAUCCAACUCCUCCGCUCCUCGCACAAGCCCUGCAGCAAAGUGCCGCGGCAUCGUCGACGAGUGGAAUAUCGCAACCUGCACGCCCCGGGAUCGGCAACCGCGAGGCGGAUGGCGGGUGGUGCUUGUCAUGGUGCAAGGACCGCUAUUGGGGGGAGGUUAUCGCUGCGGGGGCUGGAACUUCGGGGACAAUCAAGGUCAUCCAGCUGCACCCCGCGCACCGCCCGACGACUCUGCUGACCCUCGAUCCGGCUCCGAAAGCGCCGUCCUCUGCCAUACAAUAUACAUUCCCGCCCACUUCUGCGACGGACAUAUCUGACUCAAGUCCGUCCAACGAUGAUGCCGCGGUCACGUCCGUCUCAUGGGCACCGUCCUGCGGCCGGUCGUACCAUCUGAUCGCCACGGGCAGCCGGGACGGGCACGUGCGCAUAUGGAAAGUCACUCCCGGGGACGAAGAAGACGACGCCGCCGAGGACAACACGGGCCUGGCACUCGCCCGGGUGGACAACGACGACGAGGAUAAAGAGAAGAAGUGGGCCGCGCAGAUGGUGGCGGACUUUGACCAGCACCGGUCGGCUGUCGGCCGAGUGGAGUGGAAUCUCACCGGCACGGUUCUUUCGUCGACUGGAAAUGACGGCCGUGUGCGGCUAUGGAAAGCAACACCUGGGAGCGUCUGGCGUCCGGCAGGAAGUGUCGGCGUCGAGCAGUCCGAGGAGCAUGAGAAUGAGAACGGUGGGUCCGAACGACGCGACACGGAUAUGGAAUCGUAGGGGUCAUUCACAGUGGUUGUUGAGGCCGCGAGCGUCGAGUGACAUUACACACAUUUUACGAAUGACUGGCAGAUGGUCCUCAAUAGCAUUGUGUGAAGCAUCUUUGUCGCGCACGACAAAAAAUAUCCACAGAGACACGACAGUAGGCUCUCUAAAGUUGUCGUCCUUGCACCUUCUGGUUUAGAAAGACCCGUUUCACUCACCUAUUGGCACGAGAAAACUUGAUCAACAGUUUGAACUUCAAAGUACUUUGGAAGCACGAGAGCACCGAAAGUUUCGU